UAUUUUUACUUUGUUUUUACCCUUUCUCCUCACUCACUCUCAAACACGCGAACCCACUCACUAUCAAGCUUAACUCUCAACGUUCCUUUCACCUUCACUCCACAAAACAAAACCCUUUCAAAAACCCUUUCGUUUUCUUCCGUAGUUCUAACCGCAUAAGCGCUUUUCAUAAUCACUUCUACGGCGCCAAAACCACUCAAAACUUCCAUUUCCGAUUUCGUUUUCGUUCCUUGUUCUACACGGAACAGCAGGAGCUUACGAAAUCAUACUCGUUCAUUGCGAUCUUCUUCUGAUUAGUCACUGUUACAUGCAUAUUGUAAGCUUAAAUCAACGUACAUUUCGCACUUCGCUCUCGUUUUUAACUUUUGUGAUAUCUGAAACGUGUUAACUAAGUUUCCAUUUAUAGAGUGGAGGCAUGGAAAGGGCAAUGGUUGUUACGAACCCUAAGAAGAGGAAGCUGGCGAUAACCGAAGACGAUGACGAUGAUAUUGGAAUACGAAAAAGAGUGUUCAGGUUCAAGGUUUUGUUGCCGAAUGGAACCAGUGUGGAAUUGAAAGUGCCGAGUGCGGAAAAUGAAAUGCAUGUUGGGGAGUUCGUUGGAUUAGUUCGAAAAAAGUAUUUGGAACUUAAGAGUAAAUUUGAAUGGAUGAAGAAGAAAAGGGAUAUAAAUUGGAAGGGAAGUGGUUUGUAUCUCGAGGAUGCUGGGGAUAACAAGAUCAGAAAUGUUAUUGAAUUCAAAAAUUUCGCGCCUCGCAAGUGCCAUAUUUUGCGCCUUAAUGAUGGGAGUAGCGAUGUUGCUCAUACCUUUGAGAAUAUGUGGGACUUAACACCGGAUAUAGAUUUGCUGCUGGAGCUUCCUGAAGAAUAUGAUUUUGAAGCGGCUAUUGCUGACUUGAUUGAUAAUGCUUUGCAAGCUGUGUGGUCCAACGGGAAAAAUAAUCGGAAGCUAGUUAGAGUAAAUGUUACUGACGAGAAGAUUUCAAUUUUCGACAGUGGUACUGGAAUGGAUGACUCCGAUGAGAAUUCACUAGUAAAAUGGGGAAAGAUGGGCGCUUCUAUUCACAGAUUAUCGAAAUCAUUGGCUAUUGGGGGAAACCCCCCAUACUUAUUGCCUUACUUUGGGAUGUUUGGAUACGGAGGACCUGUAGCAUCUAUGCACCUGGGGAGGCGUACUCGUGUUUCGUCCAAAACAAAACAAGUAAAGAAAGUCUACACGUUACUUCUUCAGAGAGAAGCUUUGUUAAGUAGAUCUCAUCCUGAAGCCACAUGGAAGACCAAUGGUGGCAUAAGAGACCCCCUAAAGGAUGAAAUUAGUAAUUCUGAUGGCAGUUUUACAAAGGUUGAUAUUAUAGAGCCAAAAGAAAAAGGUGUUGAUAUUAACAAUCUCCGGUGCCGCCUCAAGGACAUAUAUUUCCCCUACAUUCAGAAUGAUGACUUGUCUGCCAGAGGGAAGACUAUUACACCAAUUGAGUUUCAGAUCAACGGUGUUGAUCUGACAGAGAUUCAGGGUGGGGAGGUCGCAACUACCAAUUUGCAUUCUUGCAAUGGUCCUGAAUUUGUUCUGCAGCUUCAUCUGUCAAUUAAAGAUGACCAUGAUGGCACAAGAGGAUUCAAUGAAGCAAAUGCUCGCCUUAGAUUUGUAUAUUUCCCUUUCACAGAGGGAAAGGAGAGUAUUGAGAAGAUUUUGGAAAAAUUAACGGCCGAUGGUUAUAUUAUAAGAGAAAACUUCCAAGAUUUUAGCCGGGUCUCCAUUAGGCGGCUUGGCCGUCUCCUUCCAGAUGCUCGUUGGACUUUCCUUCCUUUUAUGGACUUUAGGAACAAAAGACUAAGUGGCAGUAGAGGAAGCAUACUGAAGAGAUGUUCGCUGAGGGUUAAAUGCUUUGUUGAAACUGAUGCUGGUUUUAAGCCAACCCAGUCAAAGACGGAUUUAGCUCACCACAAUCAUUUCACUGUUGCUUUGAAGAAUUUGGGAAGUAAAAUUUCAGACAAAGAGACCGCAGCUGUUUCUGUUGAAAUUAGCACGGGUACAAAAAUGGUAACUCCUGCGCAGCUCGAAAAGGAGUACCAAGAGUGGAUAAUAAAAAUGCACAAUCAAUAUGAUGAAGAAGCUGAUGCCACUGCAGAGGAUAACCCUGUUAUAAUUGUCAGUCCACCAAACAAGAAAGCACUUGGCAUUUCUAAAGAGGUCGUCAGAGUUCACCAUAUUCUAAAAAGAAAGGAAAAAUCAUGGACUCAUGGACAGAGAAUUAAAGUGUUAAAAGGAGCAUGUCCUGGGAUUUCAAACAACGUUUAUGCAACCAUAGAUUGCUUUUUGCUUGAAGGAUUUGAAGGAGAUCCGGGUGGAGAAGCUCGGAUUAUGUGCAGGCCAAUAGAUAUCCCUGCUGAGAAGGGGUGUUAUCUCGACGACAAUGAGGUAGACCCCACAUUGAAUGUUGGUAGCUCAUUGUCUUUACCUAUAACAGUUAUCGAUACAGAAAAGCUUGUAACUGUUGGAGAUGUUGAAUGGGAGAAUCGACUUAAUAAGAUACAACAGAAAUCUCCUGCUUGUUUUGACACACCGAACCCAAACCGUUAUAAACGACAGCAAGUUGGGGAGGUGGACUCAAUCAGUAAAAGUUUUGACAAGAGGGUGACAGGGAUACCUUCUCAUGGUGCCCAGAAGUACGAACUUCUAACUGAUGAUCAAAGUAAAAGUUUUGACAAGAGGGUGACAGGGAAACCUUCUCAUGGUGCCGAGAAGUACGCACUUCUAACUGAUGAUCAAAGUAAAAGUUUUGACAAGAGGGUGACAGGGAAACCUUCUCAUUGUGCUGAGAAGUACGAACUUCUAACUGAUGAUCAAAGUCCAGAGCUAGAAGUAAGGGCUGGUUAUAACUUUCCAACCUUAUCCAUUGCAUAUUAUGACAUCCAUGGUAAUCGAGUACCAUUUCAAACAACUCCGGAUGUGGCUAUCCAACUUCAGGCAGCUGAGAACUUGUACUUCGAAGUACAUGGAAUGAAGAUUGGACUUUCAACUGAUAAUAUGAUUUUAAAAAUCAUGGAUGCAAUGGUUACAAGUAAUGAAUUGGACAAGAUAAGACCCAGCUAUAGAACUACUUUGAUUAUUACUUCAAAACAAUUUCCAUUGUCACUAACCGUUCCAUGUCGAGUUUUUCCUAGUUAUCCCAAACAUGUUAUACUGAAGCCUGAGAUAAGAGAAGACCAACUACUUCCAGGUUUCAUUUGCAAGGAGUUAAUGUUGGAGAUGUUUGAUACAUAUAGAAACCAUGUGUCUGAAGGCAUGAAGGUUGAUAUUGUUGUGGCUGGAUUUGAAAUGCUAAAUCAUUGCAGUACUUCAUACAAGGUGGAUGAUAAAGGAAAAAUUAAUCUUAGUGGUCUGCUAAAGUUAACUGCAGGUUACGGAGAAAUUGCAUCCAUAUCUGUUGUUUUUCAAAAUACAAGUAUUUUCAAGCAAGAGUUUUCAAUUGCGCGAAGAAGCUUGAGAAUUGCAUCAAAGGUGCCUGAUAUUUGUGCUGCUGGUGGUCAGCUAGAAAACAUUGAAUUUGAAGUUAUCAAUAUUGAUGGAGAAGUAGAUACGAAAAUUCAUCACGAUGAUCAACAUUGUCAGUUUCAUAUGCUUACAAUUAAGUCAGACUUCUUCAGUGCAGAGGAAUCUAUACGGUACACUUUUAAGCAUGGGCGCUGUACUAUCCCUUCCAUCAAUGUUCCAGAAAUUGAGGGGACUUUUAGUUUUGAAGCUUCUCAUACACAAUAUGCUGGGCUAUGUCGGGAUGUAGAGGUUGAAGUUAUCAGAAUGUCCAAUGUGAAAGAUGCUACACAACUUCCCCCGGAUAAGAACAUUUUGCCCCCGCAGGAACUAACACCACUUUAUCCUGAAAACAACUUAAUGAUCUCUAUCUUAAAUAAUGAUAGCAAGAAACUUGAAAAGAUUUUCCGACUUGGUGAGAAAAUUAAGCAAGUAGAAGAAUGUCUUGAAGAUAGUUUGAAGCAAAAGGAUGAGAUUGAGAAAGAUAUGUUGAUGCUGCAAGAUAAUUUUCAACAUUAUCAGUUAGACUAUGUGGACUCUAGGUUUACCAACACCAAAGAGGAAAUGGCUACAAAAAUUAAAAACAUGGAAAAUUCAGCAGCUUCUGUCCUAUGCAGUCUGACUACAGACAAAAAGCAACGGAAUAUUUUCUUGGAAGAUAUAAUUGGGGUUGUUGCCCUCCUUGGUUCCGUUCAGAGUCCUGAGCUUAGCAGAAUUUUAGCUGAAUAUGUUGGUGAAGAAAAAAUGCUGGGCGUUAUUUGUAAAUCUUUCAAUACUGCAAUUUCUCUAGAGAAGUAUAAACAUAAUGGAGAAAUCGAUCAUGAGCAUGCUUUGCAUGCUGAAGCAGCUGCUCUUGGAAAAGCUAUAAGCAACCGUUUUUUUGUCAUGUGUUUUGAAAAUAUAAGGCCAUACAAUUCGAUUGACAGGCCACACAAUGGGUCCUGGCAUGAUAAUAACUCUCAGAGGAAGCUAUUCUUGCCUGAUCCCAAGAUGCCAAAUGGGAAAACGCCAGCAGGCUUUAUAGGUUAUGCAGUUAAUAUGAUUGAUCUAGACACCCAUCACCUGCAAACAAGGACAACUUCAGGGUACGGGCUUCGCGAAACCGUGCUCUUUAGCCUUUUCAAGAAGCUCCAUGUUUAUAAAACGCGAGAGAAUAUGGUGGAUGCUCUUCCCUGUAUAGAGGAGGGUGCUGUAUCAUUAGAUGGUGGUAUUAUAAGAGAACAUGGAACUCUUUCUCUUGGUUAUGGGAUUCCUAGUAUAUGCUUUCCUUGUACAUACAAGACGGACAUUUCUCCAGAAGCUAAGGAAAUCUUGACUCAGAUUGAAGAAAAACAAGAACAGCUGCUGAUCAUUGAAGGAAAUUUCAAAAAAGCAACUAAACAUCACCAGAAGUAUCUACAAAAAUUUAAGGAUAAAGAGAAGAAAUAUAAUAAUCUUAUGGAUACAAUUAAGACCGAGAAAUUCGAACAAAGACCUCUGGUAGACUAAGUUGUUUUCCAUACUUUUGUUCAUUGAACUUGGAGCUUUGGAUAGUGUGCUGUCAUGUUGAGUUUUCUGUGGCCGGUUUUCAAUGACUUCAGAGCAACACAAUCAGCUUUUUUUUAUGAGCUAAAGGCAUUUUGAAAUUAAACUCAGAUCAGUUGACAGAUGUUCUAUAUGUCUGUUUCUUUUGUUGGAUUAAUGUUUAUCGGAUGCUUAUAAUUUUAUCAAAUAACAAUAUUGCAGCAAUUUUUUGUUUUAAA